AGUUCAGCAGCAAAGGUCAGAGGUUCCUGGUGGCGGUGAUCAGUCCAUCCAGCAGCAUCCACCAGACAUGAACACCAUAUUUAAGCAUCUUGUGGAAAGCAUUGACACUUUUGUGAAGGACGAGCUGACAAAGUUUCAGGAGAGAGGCAUUUCUGAAGAUCACACUGAACUUCCUGAGGAGGAUGAAGCAGCAGGAGCUGACCGUCUGCAGAGCAGAACUUCUGCUGCAGUUUGUCAGUGUCAGCUCAAAUUCAGCCUACAGAAGAAGUGUCAAAGUGUUUUUGAUGUUAUCGCUAAAGCAGGAAACCCGACCAAUGAGAUCUGCACAGAGCUCUACAUCACAGAGGGAGGGACUGCAGAGGUCAGUGAUGAACAUGAGCUCAGACAGAUUGAAGCAGCAUCCAGGAAACCAGACAGACCAGAAACAACCCUCAGAGCAGCAGACGUCUUUAAAGGCUCACCUGGACGAGACGAACCGAUCAGAACAGUGAUGACAAAGGGAGUGGCUGGCAUCGGGAAAACGGUCCUAACACAGAAGUUCACUCUGGACUGGGCCGAAGACAAAGCCAACCGGGACAUCCAGUUCACGUUUCCAUUCACGUUCAGAGAGCUGAAUGUGCUGAAAGAGAAAAAGUACAGCUUGGUGGAGCUUGUUCAUCACUUCUUUACUGAAACCAAAGAAGCAGGAAUCUGCAGGUUUGAAGACUUCCAGGUCGUCUUCAUCUUUGACGGUCUGGAUGAGUGUCGACUUCCUCUGGACUUCCACAACAACGAGAUCCUGACCGACGUCA